AUGAAUUUUUUUUAUAUAAUACCUUUCUAUAUAAGACAUAUAUUUAGCUAUGCAAACUAUAUAUUAUUAACUUUUUACAUGCCCUAUUUAAAAAAACCUACAGAAUCGCUUUUUGUAGAACCCACAUUUAGAAGUAUUGAGAAAUUUUUCAAUUUUUUAUCUUCAUGUUUAAAAUUGAUGGGAUUUAUUCGUCUUUUAAUAUGCAUAUUUAAACUAUUAUUAAAGAUAUAA